CAGGGCGAGGGGCAGUGGGAGAUAUGAGGGCUGCUGCAGGUGCCUCGUGCGAACAAGUGUGGUGACGAAGCUCAAAACAGCCCCGCCCAAGUCCCCGACGCUCCGCCAAGCACGCCCAACGAGGUUCCACUUCACACUCUAGCCACGACGAUCCCAACACCAACACAGACCCGCCAUGCCGCCCAAGUCCAUCCUGAAGAACUCGACCGUCUCGACCAACGCGCCCCCUGCCAGGAAACCUGUGAAUGCGCGCCACCUAGCAGUUGCCCGCCACCAUGCGACGGUACUUGAAGACCGCAAGCGCGUCGAGGCCGAGGUGCUGGAGGCCGUCAUGACCCUCAUGGACUUUCCCACUUCGCCAGACGCCGAUGCUAAGCGACCUUCGCCCUCCGACGCUCACUUCUUCCAAAAAGCAGUAAUUCCCUUUCAGCCCGCAGACUACGACGCCCUCAUUGAGGAGCGCAACAUUGCCGACAAGUGUGGGUAUGCGCUGUGCCCGCGCCCCAAGAAGAAGGCGCGAUCCACCGCGAGGAAGCAGUUUGUUGACACUGAUCACGGUGUUGAAAUAGUAGACAGGAAGGUGCUCGAAGUGUGGUGUUCAGACGACUGCGCAAAACGCGCACUCUACGUCAAGGUGCAGCUAAACGAGGAGCCGGCGUGGAUGCGACACGGCGGGUACGGCGACAAGAUCGAGCUUAUGGUAGAAAAUGCCGACGAGCAUGAAAAGGCUCUACCGCUACGUCUCAAACAGGAGAGUGCGACCACGGCUGACGCAGAUGACGAAGCAGACCUGGACGCAGCCUGGGCCGCCCGCACAGAUGCCAUGACUGAUCUGGCGCUCGAACGAGGCGAGAAGCCGGGCCACCUUACCAAGGCAAACAACGACCUUGUCCAGGACCAGAUUCUCGAGCGCUCUUCCAGCAAUGCGCCGCCUCAACCACCGUCGCUUCCUGCACAAACGUCUGACCAUACCAUGGCUAUCGAAGGGCAUGUUCCACGUAUCAACAGGAAAGACAAGGACGACGACGAAGACGAUGAUCAGGACUGGGAUAAACAGUUGCCUGGUUGAGUGGGAAUGACGCCCGUCAUUGCUUUACGACAUUCAUACAUCGGCAUGCACACCUAGAAGAUUGCAAUGAUAUGUGUAGACCACUCGGCGCGCAGUAUGCGUUUCAAAGACCAUGCGGAUAAAACCUUUGGUUGAAGAGGUGAGUCCUGACCUGAAAGAUGGCGGACAGCAUAUUGCACGCACCAGAAGAGUAUGCAUGUCAGGAAUGCUCCCGACACAGGCGCUGAGGCGGAGGACGAACUGCGCGUGCAUGGAGGGAAGGAGAUCUUGGAUAGGUUCUGUAAAUAACUAUGAAUGUUAUAAUCCAUCAAUAAAAAAACGCAUUUAGUACCG